CAAACCGGAAGUGACAGCUACGUCGGAAACUCUAUCCUGCGUAACCGUAGAAGAAGAAUCCACUUACGUUGGACAUAUUUGCGUAAAUAUCCACAACAAACAUGGCGGACGAUCACACAGACGCAGACCAGUCCAUGGAGACACACACUCCUGUCUCUGAAAACCCCCACGCAGAGUACGGACUGACAGAGAACAUCCAGAGGACGGUGGAGAACGAGAAGGCGAGUGCAGAGAAGAUGUCGAAGCAGAAGGUGGACCUGCAGGCGCUGCCCACCAGAGCGUACCUGGACCAAACUGUGGUCCCCAUUCUGCUGCAGGGCCUGUCGGUGCUCGCCAAGGACAGACCUCCGAACCCGAUCGAGUAUCUGGCUGCGUUCCUGCUGAAGAAUAAAUCUCAGUUUGAGGAGAGAAGUUAAACUCUGAGCAGCUGAAGAAACUUGUUUGUUUGUUUGUGAACUUUAGACUGUUGUUUUUUUUUUUUAUUGAGAAUAAACGUUAAAGUGAAAGAGA